AUGGCAGAUGCACUAAAACGUGUGGAACCGGCGCAACGCAAACUGGAAUACGAACAAGAACCUAAAAAUGUUCAGUACCGCUAUGUCCUCAGAUGGAGUCCAUGGACUCAAUACACACCAACUGGACCAUGCUCUGUAACGUGUGGACUAGGUGGGACACGGAGCACACAAAGAUCGAGGCAGUGUAUCAAUGACAUACAGUCUGGAAGAGGGUGUGGCGACCUAUCACCUCAAAUAGAAAGUAAAACUGAAUCAUGCACGUCUUCUAACACAUGUCCAUACUGGGGUGCCUGGUCUGGCUAUAAAUAUGGCAGAUGCUCUGCAACAUGUGGUACAGGGGUGACGAGGACUGGAAUAAGAACACGAAUAUGUCAGAAUGACAACCAGCAAGGCAAUGGUUGUGGUGCCACAUCUCCGCAACAGGAUGUACAGCCACAGGUUUGCCAGUUACCUUUAUGUCCGAACUGGGGUCUAUGGUCUCCAUAUUCGCCAUCAAGUGCCUGUUCAGUGACAUGUGGAUCAGGUGGUAUUUGGACUGUACAGAGAAGACGAGUCUGUAAUAAUGAGAUACGUCUAGGUACUGGAUGUGGCUCCAAGUCGCCAGCAGUAGAGUUAAAAACUGAAUUGUGUUCUGUAUCAAGACAGUGCCCAGCAUGGAGUUUGUGGACAGCCUAUACUUUUGGUGCAUGUUCAGCUACAUGUGGUAGUGGUGUUACUAGAAUUGGAACAAGAACAAGAACGUGUCUGAAUGAUAUACCAUCUCGCCUAGCCUGUGGCGCUAAAUCUCCCCAGGAACAGAAAGAUGUUCAGCAAUGCCAAUAUAAGCCAUGCCCGUUGAAUGGACAGUGGUCAGCAUGGACCAGGCAGACUGUUGGCUUUUGUCAAUCAACUUGUAAGAGGACUGUGUCCUUGACAAGAUCUUGUACAAACCCCGCUCCCUCAGGAGGCGGACAACAGUGUAUGGGAUCCACUAGUAACACCAUCACAGAAGAUUGUACAGGAGGCAACUGCAAUGGAGUGAAUGGACAGUGGUCAGCAUGGUUCAGACAGAGGGUUGACGUCUGUCAAUCAGACUGUAAGAGAACCGUGUCCCUGACAAGAACGUGUACAAACCCCUCCCCCUUAGGAGGAGGUCUACAGUGUAGUGGACCUACUAGUAACACCAUCAGAGAAGUUUGUACAGGAGGCAACUGUCGUACAGUGAAUGGACAGUGGUCAGCAUGGUUCAGACAGAGGGUUGACUUCUGUCAAUCAAAUUGUAAGAGAACCGUGUCCCUGACAAGAACUUGUACAAACCCCUCCCCCUCAGGAGGAGGGCAAGAGUGUAGUGGAGCCAGUAGCGACACCAUCAGUGAAGCUUGUACAGGAGGCAACUGUUUUAGAGUGAAUGGACAGUGGUCAGCAUGGUUCAGACAGAGGGUUGAUUUCUGUCAAUCAAGCUGUAAGAGAACAGUGUCCCUGACAAGAUCUUGUACAAACCCCGCCCCCUCAGGAGGAGGGCUACAGUGUAGUGGAGCCAGUAGCGACACCAUCAGUGAAGAUUGUACAGGAGGGAACUGUAUUAGAGUGAAUGGACAGUGGUCAGCAUGGUUCAGAAAGAGGGUUGACUCCUGUCAAUCAAACUGUAAGAGAACCGUGUCCCUGACAAGAACUUGUACAAACCCCGCUCCCUCAGGAGGAGGGCUGCAGUGUAGUGGAGCCAGCAGCGACACCAUCAGUGAAGAUUGUACAGGAGGCAACUGUCUUACAGUGAAUGGACAGUGGUCAGCAUGGUUCAGACAGAGGGUUGACUUCUGUCAAUCAGACUGUAAGAGAACCGUGUCCCUGACAAGAACUUGUACAAACCCCGCCCCCUCAGGAGGCGGGCAACAGUGUAUGGGAUCCACUAGUAACACCACCAGAGAGGUUUGUGCAGGAGGCGCCUGUAGUGGAGUGAAUGUAGAUGGACAGUGGUCAAACUGGAUCAGACAGGUUAGCCUCUGUCAAUCCAACUGUAAGAGAACUGUCUCUUUGUCCAGAACUUGUACAAAUCCCGCCCCCUCGGGAAGCGGACGGCAGUGUACUGGAUCCAAUAGUGACACCAUCACAGAAGAUUGUACAGGAGGCAGCUGUCGUACAGCGGGUUUCCACCAGCAUUAUGCGCGUGGAAACAAGUUUAGGAAAAACUUGAUAAAGAGAAUCGACCGGACGAACGUUGGCAGCACAAGUUGCAGGGAAGAAGUGGAAAUGAAAGGAAGAUUAGAUGCCACGGGAGGUAAAACAUGAAGCGAACAAAAAUAUUCACCCCAACAAGAGAUAUAUUUUAAUUUGUGGUAAUCAUGAGGCUUUUAUGAUCGUGUUCUGUGUGAUAUUGUCUUAGUUAGUCACUGCUGUUGUUUCGUGGUACUUAGGUUAUACAAUUUUUCUUUUAAAGGCUUUCUGAACUAUUAUUUGCUAUUUAAAUUUAGUGGCAACAUACGAACACACACACACACACACACACACACACACACACACACACACACACACACUCACACACACACACACACACACACACAAAACCCUGCACGUACGGUGAUUGAGACAAAAACUAGUUGUAUGGGUAUUUUCCCAUUUCAAGUUCACAGAUUCCUGUUUAACUUUAUUGUAACUUCAUCCAAACAUGUUACAGGUUUAUCUAUUAAACGUCUUCACGAGUUAAAACCAUGGUCUGCGCCUUUAAACUUUAAUAUUUUCAGUCACGAUCAUCUCUAUGACACAAUCUGACUGGCUGCCUUGUAUACACAGGUCUGGAUACACGGGCAGUGGAAGUCUUGAAGUCUUAAUACUGAUAAGCUGUUUCAUCUUGAAUUAAAAUGGGAUCGAAUGGUCCUGGUUAUCAUACUUCCGGCAGCCAUAUUGCGUAUAGAGGUCAGGUCAGAACUGAAGGAUCUUACGACGAUUAAUGCAGAGACUGGAGGCAGAAACGUGAGAUCACUAUGAUGCUGAGAAUUGUGACAAAAGACACACACUCUCUAUGCUAUCUCCUCAUGUGGAAUAUAUCGUCCUUGCAUCACAUAACCUGGACGUUUUGCCCAGUCCCUUAUCGUUUGUAAAUACGGCAUCAUAUUCUAAGAAUAUCACUGAACAAUGUUUGGACAGAAACAAGCACAGGUUUAAGAAAACCACUUGUAUAAACCAGGAGAAACUGAGUUAUUUCCCCUUGUUCUUGAUUUUCAGUAUGGACAUACAGAAGAGACACAGUUUGUAAAUAUGAAUUCUAUUCUUCGAAUAUCAUAUAACGAUGCUUGGAAAGACACAAGUAGUGAUUUCAGAAAAAAAACCCACUUGUACAAAGCAGGAGAAACUGUAUAUAUAACAUCCUAUUGUACGAAUAUCAUACAAUGAACAGAAGACAACAGUGUGGAAUUAGUCACGUGUUAACCAGUUCCACACUAACAUGUGGUCAUCCAUCAACAUCAGCAAAAACGGCACCCCUUAAAAAGAAUGGACCAACAGUGAAACAAAUCUCGCAUCCGAGUAACAGUCAUAGCAACAAUCGUUGACUAUUAUUUCCAUACCAAUGAUGCUGUUCCACUUCGUGGUGCAGGGGUGGCAUGAUCAUCAUGACUUUCCUUGAGAGGGGUCGAACAUAGCACAAGUAUCUGUGAUAAUAUUCAAAUAUGUUUUUCGUUUUGUGCAAUAUUGGUUUGAUUACUACAGCUCUAUACACUGUAUCCAUGGUCUGACCAUGGCGUUUGUUUCUAUCUUUUUGAAGAGUUUAUUUUUGUUAAGUUGUGUUGAUUGUAAGCAGCUGUUUACUGUCAAAUCUGUGGGGGUUUUGUCGUGAUAAUUCGGUUGAAUAUCGGUUUGAUUACUACAGCUCUAUACACUGUAUCCAUGGUCUGACCAUGGCGUUUGUUUCUAUCGUUUUGAAGAGUUUAUUUUUGUUAAGUUGUGUUGAUUGUAAGCAGCUGUUUACUGUCAAAUCUGUUGGGGUUUUGUCGUGAUAAUUCGGUUCAAUAUUGGUUUGAUUACCUCGGCUUCCACCGUUUUCAUUGUCUGACUAGAGCGUUUAUUUUUGUCUUUUUGAAGACUGUAUUUUCUAGUAUUAAUGUUAAUGUGCUUCAUUGUGUCUUUCACGAGUGGACUCUUUUACUGAUUUCUACACUAUUUUGUUUAGUAAUUUUUGAAUUUUACAUUGGUUUUAUUCAUUAUAUAAUUUAAUUUGACACCCAAAACCGAUUUUUUCUUUCUUUCUUUUUUUUCUUUCUUUUUUCUUUUUAGAUCGUGCUGGAGUGUCGUUAAACAUUAAUUUAUACUUAGUGUGAGCACUUAGUGGAGUUUAUACAAUACAAAUAUAGCAAUUGCAUGCAUUAUAGGCUAGUAGGAACAGUACAUAUACAGGUACUACAUAAUUAUAGAUGGUUAUGUCUAUAUCACAGAUCACAGAGAAUGCAAAUAGUUAUGUAAUGUGUGCCUGCAGACACAGAAUUGCCAUAGCAACCUGCAGACCAGACCUUGCUGUAUUGGUAGCAGCUUAUAUUAGUCAAGGCUGACUGCAUGGUCAAGAGCUGCAUCCCACUUACACUGGACACCAAUGACCAGAGGGGUAACUGCAUUCCUGGUCAUCGCCAUAUUUGGUAAUAACUCAAGACAAUCACUGCUGAUAGGUCGAGAGCUGCAUUCCAGCACCUCAGAGGCAAGUGCUAGGACACUACUGAUGGCAUUAGUGUUUUAAUACUGCAAGUUACAACAUGCCUUUUUGAACGUUCACCCACCGCCAUCCCCUUCUUACCAACCAUUUAUCUAGAAACUUAUAUACAUGUAUAGUUUGAUAUUAGUUAACUGAUACAGCAUUGUUUAUGUAUGUCUUGUAUAUUAUAGGGACAAAGUAGUAGUGUGGUUGGGUUCACGGUGUUCAAACCAACCGCAGCAGGUUUGUUCCACCAUUGCGCCCCCAACAAAUCAGUAUAAAAAAAUCUGCAGUUAAUAGUGGGUUAACUAAAUUGGCAAAAUAUCAGGGAAACCGCCGUUUCUCUGGUGUUGUGGUUAACUCGCCGAUAUGAACUGCGAGCAUACACAGCUACAGCUGUAGCAAGCUAACUGGUUUCGAGGGCACGCAAAAAUAUUGAGCUAAAAAGCUGAGUAACAGGAAAGCCGCAGUUUUCCUGCCAUUUACACAAAUUCGUACUUUGUGAAUAAUGCACGCAGUCGUUUGGACCCAAACUGCUAUUUUGCCCCCAAAACCAUAUGCCAAACAUAUUAUAUUUUAAUAAAUAUUGUUUUCUUUAA